AUGGUCGACUUUUGUAACAAGUUCCUGGGGGUUGCCCGUCUUCGCCAGAAACGAGUCGUCAAGGAACCAUGCAUGUUUAGACCCAUUUGGAACUAUAUUUCGGCCGAAAAAGCUGGGACUACGCUAGUUGUUGGAAAAUUCGGGAUUUACGAUGGUGGGGGUUUUGUAUUGCCUCUUGGUCGUACUUUGUACAACACAUACGUCAACAUUAACUACAUGGUGGUUAACAAGUGGAUAGAUGAGGCUACAAGUGCCAUUUUCUUGGAGUUUUUAUCUUAUAAUGUCAAUACGAAUUUGUUCAACGUGGUACGACUUGUGACCGAGUUGGGUACCACCGGAUUUUUCCGGAGCAAACUGGAGUAGGACACUGUCCAGUUGCUCUUUCUUAGGAAUGAGGAUAGUAUUGUCCAGAUUGUCAUUUUUGGGGCUUUUGUCAUCAUUGUGUUUAUUUUUACGGUCAAAAUUCUGACAAGGAUAUGGCAAGGGAAGGGUUUGAUCGUAUUCCAGGACUUUUGGAUUGUGGUGGACUUGAUCAUAGUCAGCAUGAGUUACGGGUGUUUUGCUUCGUUCGUCCAUAGAGCCCAGAUGGUCAAAGAGUUCUUGUCCAAAAUGGAAAAAGCCAAAAAGAAUCAAUUCAUCAAUUAUUUCCACUUGGUUUAUGCCGAACUGACGUUCACACUAGUCGCAGCUUUGCUCGUUUUUGUAUCAACAGUAAGGCUGUGGAAGUUGUGCCGCUUUGGAACGGUUUUUCAGUUCAUGGAAAAGACACUGGCUUUGUCAAUUGUAUCAAUUUUAUCGCUGUUUGUUUCACUUGUUGGUUUUAUUGUCGCUUUUACGUUCCUUGGUUGUCUAAUUUUCGGAUUUGAAUCUGAAGAUUUUAAAGAUAUGGCCGAUAGUUCUGUCUCUUUGAUGCGUCUCUCGACGAGAUUGAUCAAUUCGUUUAACGUCAAACACUUGAUACAAUUAAGUCCAAUGUUGGGAAACGUCUUCUUCGCGUCUUACAUGAUCAUAAAUCAGUUAUUCGUCUCGCUUUACAUUUCGGUGAUCAUAAUGUGUUACCACCAAGUCGUUCGGGCCAGUUCAAGUCACCAAGACUUUUCCAAAUUGAAAAAAUUCGUUUCGAAAGAAGUGGCCUAUUACAAAACUUUACUAAAGGUUGGUUUUGUUCGUCUCACUGGUGGGCGUUCCAGGAAUCGGCAAUUUGUAACAGCCAAAUCGGACGAAAUCCGGUAUGAAAAUUGCCUAACUUUGUCGUCAAAUACAUUGGAAUUUAUGCGUUGUAUUGCUUGGUACAACUUAAAGAAGUACACUCUGAGUGACAAAGAGAAGUUGCAGUUGAUGGAACGAGUUGUUGGUACGUGUCACGCAAGUCCCAAUGAGUUUUUUUUCACAGCUAAAGCUAAACGUCGAAUUCGGAUAAUCCAUGAUGAUAGGAUUAAGAAAGUGGCAGUUGCGACUCAGUUAAUUUUGCUGUUUGAUGCUGACAGGAAAAGGAGAAGGGAAGAGAAAGUGAAACAAAUGUUACAACAACAGGAAAAUGUCUUAGAUUAUGUUUUGGAAGUGUUGAGUACUAUUUUGACCAUUGUUUCGAAUAUAGAUGUAGAGUGA